CAAGAUAGUUGUGCUCUCCAAAUAGCGGCGGCCGGCAAGAAAAGAUCUUUUCUGUUUCAUUCUGUGCAGUGUUAGAUCGAAAAAAUGUUUAAAAUUAUUAUAGCAAACUUAAACAGAAGGGUCCUUAUUCCGCCUGAUUGUGGUUGUGGUGGGUACAGAUGCAAGGAAGUGCGCUGAGCACUCCGCGUGAAGCCAGCUGCUGCUGGAUUGCGUUGCAGAGUUUCUAGUGCUUGCGAUUUGACCCGUGUCGAAGUUGUGGUUGGUUUUUUUUUUUUUACUCAGUCGCCUUCUCCGGCCACGGCCACGUACACGUACCCUUGUUCACCGCCGCCUCCAUUUCCUCCCGGUGGCACCGGGUGGACCACGCGCACGGCACACCUCGUGCAUAUGCACGAGGCAGCGCACGCGCGCGCGCGCGCGUUCCGGCGCCGACGGUGGCUGAGUCUGCGGUUCUGCCUCGCGCCCUCGCCCUCGCCCAACACCCGUGCGGACGAGGAGACGCACGCGACACGCAAAGGCUGCGCCGAAAUUAGGCCCGUCCCACGAUCCCCCCAUGCCAUUCUGCCAAGGCAGGCAAGCCUAGCGUCGACGUCGGCCCUGGUGGAGCGAGCUCAGGCGGCCAGGUUCGCCGACUUCCCUCUUGCCAGUGCCAGUGCCAGGUGGUGCUCGCCGUCCGUCCGUCCGUCCGUCCUCCUCUGCUUGCUUCCAGCACAGAGUCAAGCACGCGCACAACGAGGGCGCGGCGUACGCAUGGCACGUGUAUGGAAAAAAAAAGUAAGUCAAAAAGCCUCAUCAGAGAAUGCAUUAGGUACUUUGAUUUCCUAGACUGAAUGUCUGAAUCUGAAUGAACUAACAUGCCGGAUGCAUGCUGCGGAGUGCGGACUGCAAGUCUGAAUCUGUGGAAUUACCAGUGCAGCUUGCGGGUUCCAACUUCCAAACCAGCGACUGCGCGAGCGCGUCACUACUUGCGUUGCGUGUAUUUAUUUAUACACGCGCAUGCAUGCAUAAUUGCAUUGCAUAUACACAACACAGCAGCUCAUCAACGCUUUACGCUUCCCUACUAGCUAGCUUAGUGUCCGAGGAGGAGUCAGAGGAACACGUACGGCGGCGGCGCUGCUAAUAACACAGCCGUCUGCCGGCGCCGAGGAUCUUCGCGAGCUAUCUCUUCUCAGCCGGCCGGUACCAGUCGUCGACGCGACCCGUCGGCCUUCGAUCAUGAGGCCAUCGUCGUCGACGGUUGCAGCAGCGGUUCUUGUCCUCGCCGCCGUCCUCGCCUCCGGCGGUACCGUCGGCGCGGCGGCGCGGCCGGUGGUGGGGCACGGCGGCGGCGAUCGCGCCGCCGUCUUCGUCGCGGUGGAGGUGGCGACGGGCACGGAUUCCUCGGCGCAGCCGUCCAACUGCACCUACGGGAACAACGUCGGCGGCGUGUGCCCUCCCUUUCCCCCCACCCCCAGCGCUCCCAAUGCUGGGCACUAGCGGCCAGGUCAGGCCAGUGCCCCGGGCCCCGCGGCUACCGCGAGAUUUCCGCGUUGCAGACGGACGGCCUGAAAUUGAUUCUGUUGUACUGUUCUGACUGAAUGGAUUGUAUAUGUGUUUGUCAUGGAAUAAAAGAUUUGCUAACACGCUGAAUUGUAACUUAUUAGGACAGUUGUCCCUCGAGUAUCUUGGAAUCCAAUUCUAAUAUAUAUCUGAUUCUCGGUUA